AUGUUAUCCCCCAGGCACAUAUCACCACUUCCGCCCAUUGCACCCCAUUGCGAAGAACAAGACGUCGUCUCUAAUGAAGCCGCUCAUAACACGAUUGUUUUACACCCGCUACCACCUCUCAGCAUGCACCAAGGUCAAGACGACACGAUCAUGGCAACAACGAGCGACACCAUUACCAAGCUGGCUUCUCAACUCAUCGAACCGCUUGACACGCGUGCAAAGGCAUUAGCGAAUGGAGCCCAGUUUGACCUUGCGUUAAGGGAUGCAGCCAUGAUGCGAGCAUUGGCACCCACAUCAGCACUCGGUUACUUGCGAGCAGGCUCUAUUUAUCAGCAACAAGGUCACCAACAAGCAGCCAUGAACAUGUAUAAGCAAGGGCUUAUGGCUGUGGACCCUACCAAUCCUUGGUAUUCACGGUUGAAGACAUCGUAUGCUGCUGCUUUGGAAGUUCAAGAGAAGCGUGUUGAUUUUAUGAGCAAGUUGCCAGCCGACAUUGUUUCCAUGGCGAUCAUCCCAUUGUUGUUUGAAAGUUAUGAGCUACGUCAAGACACCGUAUGCCCUCAUUUCAACGUAUGUCGCACCUGGUGUCAGCGUAUCUUGGCGAACAACGCUUUCCAUUUCCUUUUGCACGAUGGAGGUUGUGUCGACGAUCCAGCAUAUGAUCUGCUUCCUUACUCGCCUCAUUUCAAGACAUUAACCGUGGCCCAUCGUCAAGAUUGGGUAGAGAUUUUAAACGAGAGGCCUUGGACAAGACUUUCCCAUUUGAAUGUUGACUGUAAGGGCCAACCACAGCUCCUUGUGAACGUGUUUGGAUCCAUCGGCUCGACAUUGACCCAUUUGAAUCUUUUGUCGCAUCGUCAAUUGCCGCAUCUUAUUUUGUCAUCUGCAACAUUUCAGAAAGAAACCCCCAUUGCUUUACGACACAUCUUGGACGGAUGCCCGAAUUUGGUUUCAUUGGAAGGAACACUCAUCGUGAACGAGUCGCCCACAUUAUUAUCCACUGAGUAUCCCAAGUUGAUUCACCUCCAUGUAAAAGAUUGGUCUACCGAAUCGCGGUCCUAUGACAAUAUGGUGAAUCUCCUCGCUCAUCUUCCAUCGCUCGUAUCAUUGAAUGUUUUUCCAAGGCCAGACAUGAAGCUGUUACCUAUGAUUCACCAAUACGGGCCCAACUUGAAGCUUUUGGUUUAUGGCGGGAAUGAAUCUUGCUGCUUAUCUUAUGAUGAUGAGCAUCAACAGCAAGGAUUGGAAAAGGUUUGCAUUGGUCACUCGCGUGAUGUCUACAACGGGGAUGAUUUGAUUUCGAUGCUGGUUCAACAUUGUGGAUCCCUAAAAGCAUUACGAUUGGUGGGAAGAAUCACGGGGAACAACAUGACGCUGGAGGGAAGCAACAUUGGAUUCAAACGCCUUGAGAAAUUGGAGGUUAACGCACAAGAUCAUUCCCUUGUGCCCUUGACAACAUCGAUUAUUUGCCGUGCACCAUAUCUUCAUACAAUUUUCAACGAUGCACUAGCAUAUCAACAUGAGGACUUUUUCAAUGCCGCCACCAAUUUACGCCAUCUAAAAGCUUUGCUCCAUUGUGGAUCACCCAUCAAUGCCCACAAUUUUACAAGUUUAUUCAACAUCAUAUCAAGCUUGGAGAAAGUUCGACACUAG